UGUGCUCAUAACAGUGAGGUGGAAGCAGAGCCAAGACAAAUUCACACUGCUCGGUCUGUGUGUGUGUGUGUGUGUGUGUGUGUGUGUGUGUGACGCGUUCGCCCUUUCUCUCGCGGUAUUUCAUCAGUUUAACCCUUGAAGCGCUCAGUGUGCGUAAAAUGCGCAGAUUCCCCCAUUGUUCCUCUCUGUCGCAUCCAGAGCGGUGAAACGGCCGAAAAGUUUCAGAAGCGAAUGCGGGACAGAAACAACCGAAUAGUCGAACAAUCGAACCACGAAAUUGUCGCGCCCGAGCCCCAUCAGUAUCACAGUGAAACCACCGAACCUUCUGAUCUGAUCUGAUCUGACUGUCCCUCACUUCCACGCCCAACCGGAGCUUACACACACACACACACACGCGCGCGCAGAUCACAGAGAUGCUCCGCCAACGGGACGGGACACACUGAUUGCAGAACAGCGCAUGUUCACAAUGCGCGUGCCUCUGAGCGUGUGUGUGUGUGUGUGUGUGUGUGUGCGCGCGCGCGUGUGUUGACGUGAGUCCGUGAUCGACAAAAGAAUCCGCUGCUGUUGCCUCUGUUGCGCUCCGGGAGGGUCCGAAUAACGGUACACGGCAGGCAGCCGGGCCCGGUUCGGAUCACGGUACCAGCGCGCGAGCGUGAACUCACCGGAACGCGAGCGUCCUUUCGUCCGGGUCUCCGCACUGAACCGGACCAAAGGGAUGAGGAUGGUGAUGGUGAGGAUGAUGGUGAUGGUGAGGAUAAAGAUGGUGUGGUGCGAGUAAAUUCGGACCCAAGCCGUCGCUGUUGGACUCGGACCCCAACACACAACCCAUCCCACCAACCCCGGUUUCCCCUCUCUGCGCCUCUGCCCCUCUCGCGUGCCCCCGGUUCGGUUGUGGGAGCUCAGCCCGCCUCGCCUCGCCUCGGGAUGGGGAAGGAGCAGGAGCUCCUGGAGGCGGCGCGCACCGGGAACGUGCUGGUGGUGGAGAAGCUGCUGAGCGGAAAGCGCGGUCUGCUGGGCUCCAGCUCCGGCUCCAUGGCUCUGCCCGGGCUCCUCAGCUUAUGGAGAGGACUGAAUGUCAACUGUGCUGACAGCUCAGGAUACACACCUCUGCACCAUGCUGCACUCAAUGGACACAGGGAUGUAGUGCUGAAGCUGUUGCAGUUUGAAGCCUCCACUAAUGUGCCUGACAAUAAAGGAUGCUUCCCGUUGCACUUGGCUGCCUGGAGGGGAGAUGUAGACAUUGUCCGAAUCCUUAUGCAUCACGGACCCUCUCACUGCAAAGUCAAUGAACAGAACCAUGAGAAGGAGACGGCGUUGCACUGUGCGGCUCAGUACGGACACUCGGAGGUGGUGUGUGUGCUGCUGCAGGAGCUGACCGACCCGAGCAUGAGAAAUCGGCGUGGUGAGACACCACUGGACCUGGCAGCACUGUACGGGCGGCUGCAGGUGGUGCGCAUGCUGCUGAACGCUCACCCCAACCUCAUGAGCCUUAACACACGCCAGCACACACCUCUGCACCUCGCCGCCCGCAACGGCCAUCACACCACCGUGCAGGUGCUCCUGGAGACUGGCAUGGACGUCAACACCGAGACGGAGAAGGGCAGCGCGCUACAUGAGGCUGCUCUUUAUGGAAAAAUGGAUGUAGUUCGACUCCUGCUUGAUACAGGGAUUGAUGUGAACAUUCAAGAUUGUCAUGGGAAAACUGCACUAGAGCUACUAAGGGAACACCCGGCUCAGAAAUCCCAACAAAUCACAGCUCUAAUACAAGAAUUCAUGAUGGCACAGAAAGACAGUGAACAAGUUCCAGACGAGCCGAUUCACCAGUGUCCAGUGCCUGCACCUCGCACCUCCAUAUCCUCACCUGCUGCCUCACCGUCACUCAGACACAAAAAUGAAACGGUGACGGGGGAAUUGUCGAAGUUACUAAACGACAUAAAGAUGUGCCGGGACAGGGAUUACUCGUUCGAGGAGCUCUGCCAGGCCAUUUCAUCACACUCACAGUCUAUGGAGAGCUUCUGCAGUGGCACUCUCUCGGACGAGGAGAGAAACACCACACUCACAAACAUCAGGAAGGUAGAGAAUGCAAUAGGAGGAGCAGGAGGUGGAGAAGAAGAGGAGGAAGAAGUCUACAGAGACAGCAGGAAAAGGAGAAUGUAUCCCACUCCUCCGUUGCCUGCAGCGGUGGAGGAAGAGGAGAAAGCUUGUGGUCCAUCAGGCCUGUGGGAGGCACUUACACCCUGCAACGGCUGCAGAAACCUGGGCUUUUCACAGGAGUCUAAACAUUGUGUAGAGAUCAUCCAGUCUUCCUCUCUGGACGUCUUCUCGCCUGAAGAAGAAGACAAUCCAUACGAGUCAGUGACUACAGCUGUCACUCGUAAACCCUGCUCGCUGGACAUCCACCUCUUUAACAGCUGCCCUCGCAACGGCCACUCUUUGAACGCUUCGACUGGCGAUGUGGAGCAGCGUAACCAUGGUGAUGACUACAGCAGCCUGACUCCAGACUGUUCCCCUCCCUCUCCUGGUACUGCACUAAAGAACAUUGAGAGAGUUAUCCGCCCCCAGCCCAAACAGCGCACAUCCUUGUCUUCGUCACAGGAUGUACAGCGGCCGGUACUGAGCCACAGUGGUGAGCCAUCAGAAGUGAGCUCAUCUCUGGGCUAUGCCAGCUUCAGCACCAGCCCACCUGCUAGUCCUCUCAUCAGUCCUGCUAACUACUCCACUGGCUCGGCAGAGGACUGCACCCUUCCUGAUGAGGUGGUGGAGCCGAAGGAGUCCACACUGAAAGACGAUCGAAGGGAGAGCCGAGUCCCCGAGCAGUUUGCUGGCCUGCUGCAUGGCUCAUCUCCAGCCUGCGAGUCCCCAGACAACCCCUACCAGCUGUACAGCAAAGUGUGCAAGGAUCCACCGCAGCGGCACGGCAACCUGUUGCUCGCCCCGAACCACUCCGUCCCGUUCCCCGCUCCAAAAAUCUACAAAGAACCCAAACCUCAGGUAGUGUACCGCACCAUCUUCCACACACGGGUCAACCAGCACCAGUCAGUGCAGGGGAAGAGCGACGCGAACCGGAGCGGAGAAGGUGGGAGUAACAUCACCGGGGUCUACGAGGAGAGAGCGUGCACGCUCGGAAGGAUGCGCUCCGGAAUGAUGAAGAACGUCCCCGAGCUCCAGCUUUCCAGAAGCCUUUCUAAGUCUGACUCCAACUUGGUGGUAGCUUCACCCAUCGAGGAGGAAAAGCGGAAUUCUCGAGGGCAGAACAGCCCCAGCAGACUGGACCGCACUCCAUCCUUCACAGCUGAGUGGGAGGAGAUUGAUAAAAUCAUGAGCUCCAUUGGUGCUGGGAUCGGGACAGAGCUCCAGGAGAAUGAUGAAGACCACACAGGGCCGCGAUGCCCUGUGCAGUCCGUGGGUCAGUGGCUCGACAACAUCGGCCUUGUCCAGUACGAGAACCACUUGUUGGCCAACGGCUUUGACAACGUGCAGUUCAUGGGCAGCAAUGUGGUAGAGGACCAGGACCUGCUGGAAAUCGGGAUUCUGAACUCGGCACACAGACAGCGCCUCCUGCAGGCCAUCCGUCUUCUUCCCAGGGUGCGGCCCAUAGGCUAUGAUGGCAACAACCCCACUUCAGUGGCAGAAUGGCUGGAGUCACUCGAGCUAGGAGACUACACCAAGUCAUUCCUCAUCAAUGGCUACACAUCCAUGGAACUGGUUAAGAAGAUCUGGGAGAUUGAGCUCAUCAAUGUUCUUAAGAUCGGCUUUAUAGGGCAUAGGAAACGAAUUCUGGCAUCACUUGGAGACAGACUACACGAAGACACUCCGCAGAAACCCCCACGAGCGAUUUCCCUCAGGGAGCCCAGCGGGAAUCACACUCCUCCUCAGCUCUCACCAUCUCUCAACCAGGCUUAUCCCAACGCCGGCUCUCUUGACGUGCAGCACCUCAUCAUGCAGGCCGACGCCAGGCGCCGCCGCAACGACAACUACUUCGAGGAUGUGCCGCGCUCCAAACUGGAGAGGCAGAUGGCACAAGUCAGUAUGCAAGGGGAAUGGUGUGAACCCAUCACGCUGCGACCUCCCAACGAGGCCACAUCAUCCACUCCUGUACAGUACUGGCAGCACCAUCCGGAGAAGCUCAUAUUCCAGUCAUGUGACUACGAGGCAUACUAUUUGGGUUCCAUGCUGGUGAAAGAGCUGAGAGGAACCGAGUCCACGCAUGAUGCCUGCGCAAAAAUGAGGAAGUCUACGGAACAAAUGAAGAAAGUCCCUACCAUAGUCCUCUCCGUCUCAUACAAAGGAGUCAAGUUUAUAGAUGCAACAAAUAAGAACAUCAUAGCCGAGCAUGAGAUUCGGAACAUCUCGUGUGCAGCGCAGGAUCCUGAGGACCUCUCCACGUUUGCCUACAUCACCAAAGACUUGAAGUCCAGUCACCACUACUGCCAUGUGUUUACCGCUUUUGAUGUGAAUCUGGCCUAUGAGAUCAUCCUGACGCUGGGCCAGGCGUUUGAGGUGGCCUAUCAGCUGGCUCUGCAGGCCAGAAAGAGUGGCCAUGGCUCAUCCACCCUGCCUGAGAGUUUCGACAGCAAACCGUCCAAACCCAUCCCCAAACCACGCUCCAACAUCCGCAAAUCUAUGGAGCAGCCUUCGAUGGAGCAGAAGGGUCACGGCAAUGUCCCAUGGAUCGUGGAGCCAGGACAGGAAGCCAAGAGAGGAGUCAACACAAAGGUAAUGCCGGACUCCCAUGUCUAUUACUGUGGAAAUCAAAGAAUGUAGCCAGCCCCCAACAUGGACCCUCUCACACACACAUUGCAAAAAAAGGACAGCCAAAUACGGAGCCUAUGAGUGGCACUUGGACUACAAACAUGGCAGAGCCUGUCGAGACUGAACUUUUACACAUAACUCGGUGCGCAAACAGACUACUGGUGCGACUGUACGAACAUUCUCCAUUAGACUGAGUUCAUACUUCACUGGGCUCGGGCUCUGUUAUGUGGACUUAUGUUGUGUGAGGGAGAAGGUUGGGGGAAAGGCAAGGUACCAUGGGAUAGGACCAUGGUUACUCAUUUUUGACGGACUCAUUUUUGCCCAUACAUCACCACUAGGGGGCAAAACACAAAGGACUUUCUGUUCGCCAUGUUUUUACUUUUCUUUAAUUUCCUCUUUCAUUCGGUUUAAUAGUACAUUCUGAAUAUUAUGCACAAAUGUGAAUGGAUUUAUUGCACUGGACAACCAUGAAAGUGACGUGUCUCAUGCCAAAACCACUACAGAAUUGUUGUUGACAAUGCCAUGCAGAUUAGUAUUCAUACUGGUAAAACAUUCAUGUCUAAUAUAAUUCUAUAUCGCCAUUAAUCUAAUCCUUAAUUGAUUAUGUUUAUUAUAAAUUCUUCUUUUAAAUGUGCAAUUCUUGUCUAAUGUUGUCUUGAUGUUAUAUUAUUUUUAUAUGACAUGUUGGGCUUUGAGAAGAAUAGCCAUCCAGGUUUAAAAAAAAUAUUCUAGGAAAAAAAAAAAAAGUGUGAAUGGUGUCACUCAAUUUUGCUUUUCAGGUGAAAAGUCCAUCGAUGAUACACAAAUGAUGAUGAUGUUGAUUGAUGAUGAUGAUUGAUUGAUUGAUAAGCGGCUAUUUGAACUAUUUGAACUAUUGAGUGUAACUGUAGAUUUUUUUGGCACAAUUCUUCUGUACAUAAAUAUUUUCCUCAAUCAUUGUUCAUAUAUAUGUAAUGUAGUUUAACAUAAAAAAAGAAGAAAAUGACUAACAGAAAAAAAAAAAGAAUUAAUGACACUGGUUGAUAUAGUACCAAAUUUUAAAAAGGUCAAAAUCUCACUGUUGAAAAAUAUCGUUUUAACUAAACACUUUUGUGUGAGCAAAGUGGAAUUGCUAACUUACCAUGUACAUAGGCUUGGGCUUCCAGCACUCGAAUUUUCUAAGUUUGACCCUUAUUUAUAUCCUGGCAAAAGCACAUGGAAUAAAUCAGACUUGUACAACUGC